CGCGUGACGUCACGAUAUAUCCGGAAGCUGUUGCACUGCGCGCGCGCUCACUGAGAUCCGAGGUUUGGGAGAAAAACGGAAAACCCAGUGGAACACCAAUGCCGACGGUGACGGCCGACGCCAGGAUAGCGGCCACGGGCUCGAAACGAGGGCAACCCGGCUCUUGUCCCAAGAAAGGAAUCCGCUCCCCGCUGCCCUCCACGGCGGGGCUGCACGUUGAGCCCCAACUUUUCUAGGAGCUGACCCUCGCUCUGCAGAAUUGGCCUGAUGGAGCAAAGGCACUCAGCGCAGUUCAGUACAAGAAGGAAACAAUGCGACCAGCAUGCAAACAGCACGGAUCGUACUGGAAACUUGACACAGCACCAGAGAACACACACAGGAGAGAAACUUUUUAAGUGCACUCUGUGUAGGAAGGCGUUUACAAAGUCAUCAAAUCUUAAGACCCACCAGAGAACACACACAGGAAAGAAACCUUUCAAGUGCACUGUGUGUGAGAAGGCGUUUGCACAGUCAUCACAUCUUCAGACCCACCAAAGAACACACACAGGAGAGAAACCUUUUAAGUGCAGUGUGUGUGAGAAGGCGUUUGCACGGUCAUCCAUUCUUAAAUCACACCAGAGAACACACACAGGAGAGAAACCUUUUAAGUGCAUCGUGGAUUUUUGUUACAGAUUUGUAUUCUAGCCUAGGUUUUAUUGAAUUUUAACUUCUAUUUAAAUAAAACUUUAGAUAUAUCUGUCUGCAUUGAUAUCCCACCUUGUUUACCACAUGUUUACCUAUAUAUGUAGACGCUCCCUCUGAAGACGUCACCUCAAAUUAACGAGUGGGUUACGUCAGGGCCUCCCCCUCUCUCUGGCUUGUGAUGUCACCAAGAGCAGAACUCGCCUCCACGGAAUCUAACGCCUGCUCUGUCUUGGAAUGCAUUUACACAGUAAUCAAAUCUUCACAACUGCCAGGGAACACACAUUAAAAACCACUUAAUGUACAAUUGGAAGGCCUUUUGAAUUGUCUUGAAACUGAAACACGUGUAAGGAGGUCUACAAGGAGCAGAGUCUGAGAUUGACGUGUGAAAUUUGAAGUUCCAUAAGCCCAUCGUUUGUGAUGCAAGGACCCAAUAAAGAUGGCAGCUGGGAAACGUCACCAUUCGUGAAGGUGACCUGUGAAGGCUCUAGGGUUUGACUUCCAGGUCACUAAUGGAGCCCGAGACAAAUCACAUCCAUUUGUGGAUGUGGAGUUUUGGGAGGACUUUUCGGACAAGGUCGAGUAGAAGCAGACAGCAUGUGUGACCAUAAGUGUUGGGUAGACCUGUAACCAAAAGCAUGAGACACGGUUUCCCAAUCUUUAUUUCAAUUGUUUAAUUUUUAGUUGAUUUGGAAUACAGUACGUAUUUUAAUUGUGAUGGAAAUUUUAGUUGACGUUUACCUAACGCCAUUACUUGGGUAAGGCUUAAGUAUUGAAUAUCGCGUUUCUAGCUGUCGCGCGGCAUUUUCCAAGAACGUAACCUACGAUAUUCAAGGGGCGGCUGUAUUUUCUGUCGAUCGAGUACAGCAGGCCUAUGGUACCCUAAAUAGGCUUGGUGCUUUGGGUUCCUUGAUUUCGAUGUCUCUGCCUCUGCUCACAUUCGUUGAGGAUUUUUAUGAUUUUGGGCAGGCCCAUCUAAAGCUGCGUGACCAGGAGUUGGAACCAUUUCCUGUUCAACUCGGCUUGUGACAGAAAUUCACUCUGGCCCAAUGCAUUACAUUUGUAAUGUGAGGUUACACCUGGAUAAUAAUGAUGGGCUCUGCCGGCCUCAGCCCGCAACCAAUGGGGAGUCGAGUUAGGGGCGUGGCCCUGGAGCCGUACAUUAGCUUCGGGAAAGUUCCAGGGGUGUGGCUGAGGAUUGGCUGCGGGGCAUCACGUGGGCCAGGGAUUUAAAGGAGCGGAGAAGCCACGUGGCUGGUGCCGUGGUCCGGAGCCUGCCACGUGGCGGGCCGCCGCAGUCUCUCUCUCACGCUGUCAGCCAACAGCGUGAAGGAGCAAGGGAACUGGAGGAACGAAUG